AGGGGGCGUCACCAAGAGCUGAGGUGGGGGGCGGGGCUCCAGCCGGAAGAGGCGUGUCUUCGUCCCGGAAGGGGCGGGGCGGGCCGGGCGGCAGGCCGCGGCAGAGCGGAGCGGGACCGGGGCCGGCGCCGGGAAGCGGCGGGGAGCGGCCGGGAGCGGCCCAGCGGGGCCGGGGCCGGGCCCGAGUGGGAUCCAGCGGGGGCCGGGACCGGGCCGGGGCGAUGCCGAGCAAGAAGAAGAAAUACAACGCGCGGUUCCCGCCGGCGCGGAUCAAGAAGAUCAUGCAAACGGACGAGGAGAUCGGGAAGGUGGCGGCUGCCGUCCCCGUCAUCAUCUCCCGGGCGCUGGAGCUUUUCCUGGAGUCGCUGCUGCGAAAGGCCUGUCACGUCACCCAGUCCCGGAACGCCAAGACCAUGACCACCUCCCACCUGAAGCAGUGCAUCGAGCUGGAGCAGCAGUUCGACUUCCUGAAGGACCUGGUGGCUGCCGUGCCCGACAUGCAGGGGGAGGGCGAGGAGCCCCACGGCGAGGGCGAGCGGGGACCCCGAAGGGGUCGCCGCCCGGGCGCUGGACGGAAGAAUGGGGGUCCCGGGGCGAAGGGGAAGGACCCCAAACAGUCGGGGACGGACUCGGAGCAGGAGGAGGACUCUGAGGACAGUGACAGCGACGGGGAGGAGGAGACGCCGCAGCCCCCCCCGGCCCGACCCCCCCUCAACUUUGCCAGCCCCGGGGUGCCCUUCGCGCCGCUGGGACCCCCUGCGCUCCCGGGGGGGCUCCCGGGGGGGCUCCCCCCAGCCCCUGGCCCCCCCCGCGCCCGCGAGGAGGAGGAGGAAGAGGAAGACUACGACUCUUAGCA